GUGACGUCAGGGGCCGCCGCCGCCGCCUUGCCGCGCAAGGUUGUGCCCACAUGUGACCAGCUUAAACUAGUUCUGAAGACACAAAGGGAAAGGCAAGGCGAGAUAAGGAGCCAGAUAGCGGGGCGGGCGGUGGAGCAGGGCCAGGCGAGCGGCACGGCAAGCAGGAGGAGCAGCCUUCGUCACGACAGAGCGACCCAGGCGCCGGCGACGAGACCCGCAGCAUCCAUCCAGAAUGCAGGUCCGUGGACUCUAUUUGCUUUUGGUUCUGAUCCUUCUGGCUGCAUCUUCUGAGGCUGGCAAGAAUAAGAAAGAAAAGGUGAAGAAAAAUGGCUCUGAUUGCGAGGAAUGGCGCUGGGGUCCCUGCGUCCCCAACAGCAAGGACUGUGGUGUUGGCUUUCGUGAGGGAACUUGCAAUGAAGAGACCAAGAAACUAAAAUGCAAGAUCCCCUGCAACUGGAAGAAAGAAUUUGGAGCUGAUUGCAAGUAUAAGUUUGAGAGCUGGGGCGGUUGUGACUCGGCAACAGGUCUGAAGUCCCGUUCGGGCACUCUGAAGAAGGCCCUCUACAAUGCCGAGUGCCAGGAAACUAUACAAGUGACCAAGCCCUGCUCUCCUAAGGCCAAGUCAAAAUCCAAAGCAGCCAGAAAAGGAAAGGGGAAGGACUAGAACGAUGGAUGCAGCCCCACCGUCUUCAGGGCAUGGUGCCUGAACCCUCUUGGACACACACCACUUGGAGCUCCAGCGUGGUCCCUCCCAGCUUGGCAGCCCUUUUGCCACAUCCCACCCCUCUUCUGCCUC